UCCAAAUCAAAGAAUCCCACUUCUCACCCCUCUAAUUCUAUUUAAACCACUAUAUUACUUUAUCUCUUUAACACACCCUCAUAAACCAGCACCAUGAUUUGCUUCUGAAAAUUUUCAAAAGUUUCAUGGCAGAAAUACAAAUAACUGGUGGUGAUGGGGAUUACGGUUCCUCUACUCCGGCAACCAUAUCUCCUCGGAAACAAGCUUACUUCUCCGGCAUGCUUAUGAAGAACCCCGGCGUACCAAUAUUCCUUUCUGUGUUUUUAGUCACCCUUUUUGUCACUGCAGACUUAUUCACUCGUUGGGUUGAUGUUUCUUCAAUAACCGCCCAAUUUCGUCGUAAAGACAUUCUCCCCUUCAGAGAUGAUGAAAUAGCCAACAGAUCGACAACUCAAUCAUGCCCUGAAUACUUCAGAUGGAUUCACGAAGAUCUAAAGCCAUGGAAACAUACUGGAAUCACCAAUGAAAUGGUGGAAAAAGCUAGAGAAAAGGCGCAUUUCAGAUUGAUCAUCGUUGAUGGAAGACUUUACAUGGAGAAAUACGACUAUGUGUUCCAAACUCGUGACGUAUUCACCAUAUGGGGUAUCUUGCAACUUCUUGAACUCUAUCCUGGAAAAGUACCGGAUCUUGAUUUGAUGUUCAUGUGUCAUGAUUGGCCGUUGGUUCGAAAAUCUGAUUACUCAUUCAACACGAGUGUGAUACCGCCAUUGUUCCAUUAUUGUGGGGAUGAUUCAACUUAUGAUAUCGUCUUUCCUGAUUGGUCCUUCUGGGGUUGGCCGGAAGUGAAUAUACCACCAUGGGUGAAAUUGAGUAAGGAAUUGGAACAAGGUAAUCAGAGACGUAAAUGGACCAAAAGGGAACCCUUUGCAUACUGGAAAGGAAAUACGUACACAGGGGUGGCCCGUAGAGACCUUGCGAGAUGCAACUCAGAUGGUAAACAUGAAUGGAAUGCCAGAAUCCACCAUUUGGAUUGGAGCAAAGGGUUUAAAGAUACAGAUUUAGCAAGCCAAUGUACUCAUAGGUACAAAAUAUACGUUGAAGGGAACGCAUGGUCGGUUAGCGAGAAGUAUAUUUUGGCUUGUGACUCGAUGAGUCUGGUCAUAACUCCACACUACUAUGAUUUCUUCUCCAGAGGUUUAGUACCCACCAUUCAUUAUUGGCCUAUAAAUGAGCAUAAAAAGUGUAGUUCAAUCAAGUAUGCUGUUGACUGGGGAAACAGGAAUACAGAUAAGGCCCAGGAAAUUGGAAGAAGAGGAAGUGAAUUCAUUAAAAAAGAACUACAAAUGAAUUUGGUGUAUGAUUACAUGCUCCAUCUUUUAACAGAAUAUUCGAAGCUUUUUAAAUACAGACCAGUCAUUACAAAAAAUGCAGUUGAAGUUUGUUCCUGUUUGGGGAAAGAUAUGGUCAAAGAGUAUAAAGAGCUAUCAAAGGUGAAGGGUCCAUCGCAGGCGAGUCCCUGCACCAUGCACCCGCCUUUUGAUGAUCAUCAACUUCAGGCUCUACAAAACAUGAAACUAAAUUUGACCAAGCAAGUCGAAUUUUGGGAAGCAGCAAGACACGAUUAAUAAUGUACAUGAAGAUGUUUAUAGCGAUUUUUUCUAGAUUUGUUGUCACAUGUAGUUUACUUGUUGCAUUAUAUUAUGGUUUUGUCAAACGGGAGGGAAUAAUUGAGUAACAAAUAAUCAUUUAACGAUUCAAAUUUCGGUUUUA